CUCCCAUUGUUGGAGGCAUAAAAGACGUGGGGUGGGGGAAAGGAGCACACAUUCCUGCUUCAGGAUCUCAAACUGCAGCUUGCCUUAGGCCCUUGGCAUUUCUCUCUAUGGCGAGUUACAGCUUCAGGCAAACCACCUCUUCCGUGGCAGGGGGACCCGGUGGCUGCUCCGUCCGUUUUGGUGGAGGCUCCUUCAGGGCUCCAAGCAUCCACGGGGGAUCUGGUGGCAGGGGUGUGUCAGUGUCUUCCGCUAGAUUUGUCUCUUCUGGUCUAGGAAGCGGCCUGGGUGGUGGAUAUGGAAGUGGUUUUAGCAGCAGCUUUGGUGGCGGUUUUGGUGGUGGUUACGGGGGUGGUCUGGGUAGCGGUGAUGGCCUCCUCUCAGGAAAUGAAAAGACAACGAUGCAAAACCUGAACGACCGCCUCGCAUCUUACCUGGAGAAGGUUCGGGCACUGGAAGAAGCAAACUCUGAUCUUGAAACUAAAAUCCGAGACUGGUACCAAAAACAAGGACCAAGCCCAGCUCGAGACUACAGCCCUUAUCACAAGACUAUUGAGGACCUUCGAGACAAGAUCCUUGCUGCCACUAUUGACAACUCGAAGAUCGUCUUGCAGAUUGACAAUGCCAGACUGGCUGCUGAUGACUUCAAGACCAAGUUUGAAACAGAGCAAGCCCUUCGCAUGAGCGUGGAGGCUGACAUCAACGGCCUGCGCAGAGUCCUGGACGAGCUCACGCUGGCUAGGACAGACUUGGAGCUGCAGAUUGAGAGCUUAAAGGAGGAGCUCGCCUACCUAAAGAAGAACCAUGAGGAGGAAAUGAGUGCCCUGGGAGGACAAGUGGCUGGCCAAGUCAGCGUCGAACUGGACUCUGCUCCAGGCAUUGACCUGUCCAAGAUCCUGGCUGAUAUGAGGGACCAGUAUGAACUCAUGGCCGAGAAGAACAGGAAGGAUGCUGAGGCCUGGUUCCACAGUAAGACUGAGGAGCUGAACCGCGAAGUAGCUGUCAACACCGAACAAUUGCAGAGCAGCAAGUCCGAAGUCACUGACCUGCGACGCACCCUCCAGGGGCUGGAAAUAGAACUUCAGUCCCAGCUCAGCAUGAAAGGCGCGCUGGAAAGCACCUUGGCAGACACUGAAGGGCGUUACAGUGCCCAGCUGGCGCACAUCCAGGACCUGAUUGGCAGCAUCGAGGCCCAGCUGGCCGACCUCCGAGCUGAUAUGGAGCGCCAGAACAGCGAAUACAAGAUGCUCAUGGAUAUCAAGACUCGUCUGGAGCAGGAGAUCGCUACUUACCGACAGCUCCUGGAGGGCCAGGAGUCCCAGAUGUUUGGCUCCCUUUCUGGAACUGCCGACAAAAGAGACAAGUUGGCAGAUGGAAAAUAGUACUGGAAGUCCUCCAAAUGUCAUUUUCGAGAUGAGAAAAAAGGAAUUAAAAUGCAGAGGAAUCACUCUGAACUGCUGGAAAUUAAUAUGUUAAAGCAUGGAAAAUUCUUGACCACACAAAGUUUAAGUAGAUUGGUGGUGAUUAGUUUGCAAACUGGGUUAGCUUUUUAAUUACUAACAGUUUUUUCAUGUACUGAAGUGCUGUAUCUACUCUAAUAAAGAUAAUCUUCUUCUUGCA